AUGUCUAGCGGACAGAAGGCCGCAGAGUUGGUAAGCUUCGAUGGAUGUGCUUGCCUCAACCCAUCGGAGUUUGGCACUACCUACGGCGGCAGAUACCACAAUGUCUAUUUGGCAUGGGCUUGCGAUUUGCCAGAAGUUGAGGGAUUCCUGGAGCAGAGAGAAGCAUGGGGGAGCGAGGAUUGGGCCAGUGGCUUCUCGAAGCCAGUGACGGGUGCGAGGUUCCCGGCCUCCGGACAACUUGGGGGCAAGAUCCACUGUGAGCAAGAGGGGCAUGACGAGACGGUUUACAUCUUCCGAAAUGGCGAAGAUUGCGAGUUUGCAAUGACAAGUCAGCGGGAGUUGUGGUCUAGGACAUACUAUCCACCAGGUAGUUGGGAUGGCAUCAAGUACCAGACCCUUGACUUGCCGAUGUACAGCACCACAUGGCAGACGUUUCAAGAUGUAACCACUCAUCAGACGUAUGGAUACGGAACAAGCACGGAGGUUUCAGAGCUAGGGGAUGGUGCAGUUGGACCGGUGGCAGAAGGGAACAUGAAAGACGUGCAAGAUGAAUUUCAUAGGCACGAAACACAAAUCAAUGCAACAGGAAUGAAAGCGUGGGAGCUGAGUCUUGAGAUUGACACCCGGCUGCACGUCUACUUGAACGUGGGCGGCAUUCCUCGAAUUUUCAUGUGGCUAUCGACCGUGGGUGGCCUGUUUGGCACGCUGGCUGGCUGCUAUGCCUUCAUCUUCAUCAAGAGCAACCUGGUAGAUAGAAUUCAUGGGUGCAACCCCGACCACGAGAUCACCCGCAUCUACGAGGAGCGCGAGAUGAGGGCGUGCUGCUGUUGCGCCUCCCGCGCAAAGAAGGUGGAGCCGACUCCCACCGCCUGGGCUCCCGCCACCAAAGGCGCACAGGCGGGAGUGGACGCGUAG